AUGCUAUUCUUUCUUGGUGCCGGUACUGAAACAACGGCUACUGCAUUGUCUUGGUUCAUUCAUUUAGUCAGUAAACAUCCACAAGUACAGCAAAAAAUAAAAGCAGAAUUAAUUGAAAACAAUGCAAAACAAGAUUUAUCUUUGAAUUGUCUUGAUUCGCUUGUCUAUUUGGAUUGUGUUAUCAAGGAAGUACUUCGCUUUUGUCCACCAGUUAGUGCAACAUUUCGUACAUUAACCGUCGAUGAUCAAUUACCAGGAAGCAAUACUCAACUGUUUGCAGGUGAUUUAAUACUGAUACCACUGCACAGUCUUGCGCAUGAUCCUCGAUAUUGGUCGAUCGAUCCACAACUUUUCUAUCCAGAAAGAUUUUUAAAUGAAGAUAAGAAUCAUCAUUCGUAUGCAUUUCUUCCAUUCGGUAGUGGUCAUCGUCGAUGUAUUGGUCAAGAAUUAGCUCGAUUUGAACUUAAAGUUAUUAUUGCAAGAAUGAUGCAGCAAGUUACAUUUGGUGAUGGUGGUCUUCAAGUAAAUGCUGGCGAACAUUCUACAGCUCUUACUGUUUCUCCUAAACAUGUUGGUGUGACUAUUGAAUUCGCUUGA